AGUCAAAUAAGUGAAAUUAAAGCAGUUUUUAAAUGCAGACUGUGGAAACCACUAGGCAAAGCAGAAGACUCUCUGAGUGGAUCCUAAUACAGCCAUUCCAGCUGGGAUGGCCUUUGCAUCUCCCUGCUUUAUCACAGGUGACCUGAUGCUUCGCCCCUGGUGCGUGUGCAGCAAAGGCACCCGAGGAAGUGUCUGCUCCUUCCCCUUGGAGCAAGGGAGUAGAUGAUUAGUCAGGACACRUUUCAGAUCGAAACCCGCAGAGCUUCUUUAGAUGUUUACCUUGCUGAUGGCAGCAGUAUUGGACUUGAUAUCCAGACAUCAGACACUGCAGARAGAAUCUUAGAGGUUACAUCGUACAAGAUGGGACUAUCAAGAGAACUAAUAGGAUAUUUUAGCCUGUUCUUUAUUCAAGAUCACGGUGACGGGGCGCUCUCUGUGGUGAAGAAAGUGGCAGAAUUUGAACUUCCUUAUGUGAGUCUUCAGAGCAUGAAAGAGUUGCACUGUAAGCUGGGGAUCAGAAAGUGGUAUAUGGAUCCUUCUCUUGAUACACUGUUGAUGGACUGUGGAGCUUCAAUUAAUUUGCUGUAUUUGCAGGCAAUCCAAGAAAUAGAAAGAAACUGGAUUAAACCAACAAAGGAGAAAAUGCUAGAGCUUGAAUUUCUGCAAAAGACUGAAAAUAAAGUGAAGUUCCUGGAGCUGGUUCGGGAAGUGCAGUUCUAUGGAUACAUACGACUUGAUCCUUGCGUUUGUGACUACCCAGAAGUAGGUUGCUCAGCUGACGUCUACGUGGGCAAUAAUGAAAUUAACUGCUACAUAAAACUGCCUACUAACCAAACCAAAGAGGUCAGCUUUCAGAUCAACAGGCUGAGAUGUUGGCAGGUCACUUUUCUUGGUGCAGGAAAGGAUGGUGAAGAAGAGACUCUGGAGCUCAGAUUUGAGUACAGAGAUUCCGAUAAAUGGCAGUGGAUAGUUUUUUACACAAAACAGGCCUUUCUGCUGAGUAGCUGCUUGAAGAAAAUCAUCUCAGAACAGAUGAUGAAGGCAAGCAAAGAAGGCCAAGAAAUGGAAGUCAAGAUGCCUGAAUGCACAAAAAGUAGCAAGAGACCCAGCACUCAACAGAAACAGGUAGUUCAUUCCAGUUUUAUACCAAGGAGAUUCUGGGGUCGGCCAAAUGAAGAGGAUUAUGUAUUUGAGAAAAUAAGAGAAGAAGACCUGUGACAAUUAAUUUUGUAUAGUGUCUUUUGAAGCUCUGUCUGAAAAUCACAAUCCCUUUGAAAAUCUUGAAUUAUAACAAAAGUAUCUUCAGUGCAAUUCCCUGCCUUUGCAGUAGUCUCUGUCUAGAGAACUUGUAACUGCAGUGAACAACUCUUUUGAGUUAGGGGCUGUGAACCUGGAGACAGGCACCUUGUAGACACAUGGGCAUUUUCACAUGGAAAAUGCCCCAGCAUUUCA